GCUGGUGUUUCCGCCACGUGAGAAUUGUUUGUGACAGACGACCAGUUUCAAUGCUGAAUUUCUCAAUAGAUUUAUUCCUUUAACAUGCCUCCUAAACGCAGCAAAGUUUUAAAAGAUGAAAAUCAAAUGAAAAAACAAAAGCAAAUAUCCUCAGAUUCUAUGAAAACAAAUAGUGAUGAAGAAGACACAGACAAGCCAUCAGUUAAAAGAAUUCUUACUCAGUUCAAAAGUGAAAAUGGAGAGGUUACAAGUACCCCAAUUGACAUGCCAGUUAAUGUCACUGUUGAUAACCUUCAAGCACUCUGCAACACAUUGUUAAAAACUGAGGAAGAAACUUCAUAUUCUUUUUUUGUCAAUGAUGUUGAAAUACGAGAACAGCUUGACAAGACAGUUGAUAAAGAGACUCUUGAAAAUUCAGAGAAAGUUCUGGAAAUUGUAUAUCAGCCACAGGCAGUGUUUAGAGUACGUGCAGUCACUCGCUGCACAAGUACUGUUGAAGGACAUGCAGAUCCAGUUCUUGCUGCAGCCUUCAAUGCUGAUGGAAGGUACCUAGCCAGUGGCUCAGCUGAUAAGACUGUUCGUUUGUGGGAUAUUUAUACGGAAACACCACAGUACACAUGCAAAGGUCAUCGACACUCUGUUCUCUGCCUUGCUUGGUCUGUUGAGGGGAAGAAACUGGCAUCUGGGUGUCAGAAUGGUGAGAUAUUUAUUUGGAAUCCAUCAAAUGGGAAACAGAUUGGAAAGCCAUUGACUGGUCACAAAAAGUGGAUCAACUCAUUGCAGUGGAGACCUUUACAUCUUGACUCAGAAUGUAGAUUUCUGGCUAGCGCUUCAAAGGAUGCCACAAUAAGAAAGUGGGACACAUUAUUAGGGACAUGUGUCUUAGUACUGUCCUCACAUCUACUUGGUGUGUCCUGCCUGCGAUGGGGAGGGACAGAUCUGCUUUAUUCAGCGUCACAGGAUCGGACAAUCAAAGUGUGGCGUGCUUCUGAUGGUGUUCUUUGCCGCACUUUACAGGGUCAUGGUCACUGGGUCAACACCAUGGCCCUCAAUACCGAUUAUGUAAUGCGUACAGGAGCUUUUGAUCCAGCCAAGGCAGAACUUGUUCAUACGCCAGUAACCAUGACAGCUGAAGAACUGUCAAAGAAAGCCAAAGACAGAUAUGAAGCAGUGAAGGGUUCACAACCAGAAAUGAUGGUGUCGGGGUCAGAUGAUUCCACACUAUUCCUGUGGAACCCAGAGAGUGCGACCAAGCCUCUGGCUCGCAUGACUGGUCAUCAGCAGCUCAUCAACCAAGUGUGUUUUUCACCAGACACACGUCUCAUUGCCAGCGCUUCCUUUGAUAAGUCCGUCAAACUUUGGGAUGGCCGAACAGGAAAGUUCCUGGCAACAUUUCGUGGUCAUGUGAAUCGUGUUUACCAAGUGGUGUGGUCUGCAGAUUCUCGUUUACUCUGCUCAGGUGGGGCAGACUCCACCUUGAAAGUGUGGGAUGUCCCUAACCGUAAACUAGCCUUUGACUUGCCCGGUCAUGCUGAUGAGGUGUACGCUGUAGACUGGAGUCCUGAUGGUCAACGAGUGGUGAGCGGAGGAAAAGACAAAGCUCUCAAAAUAUGGCGUUCCUGAAGUUUCCUGAGGUAACAUCGUGUGACAGCCUGUAUAAAGGGGAUGUGUGAUAGAAGGAUUUUUGAAACCUGGUUAAUAUGAAUGUGGUUGAACAACUGUUUAAACAUGUUAAUAUUAAAUGGCUUUGAAUGCUAAAAAGAAAGCUCA